AGUGAUUAUCUCCUUGCUAUAUUUUACUGGUAGUCUUAAUGCGAUCGAGGAAUUUAGCUCUAUUUCCUCCUAUUUUAAACGUAAGGAACUGUUUUAUGUGCUUGUCGUGUAUGUAAUAUGUGAAGGCGAGAUUUUCUCCUAACGCUGGUGUCAGAUUUGUAAAUUUCUACAGCCAUCAACUUCAGGUGAUUUGCAUUGUUCGAGCUCUGCCUAUUUUACUCCCUUCUCUGAGUUUCAUCACGGAUGGUAGUAAUUUGAAGCAGCUAAUCUCUCAUCAUUUCUUUGUAAUAUAACGUAAUUUGUCGGGGCAUUUUUCAUAGCGAGCUCGGUCCUGGAGAAAUCCAAGUGAAAAACUGGCCCUCAUUUCAACAAGCCAAGGUCAUUUGACCAGAGAAUGUUGACAGUCGAAAAAUCAGAAUUUCUACCUUACCUUGCCUACUGAAUUAUAGCUUAUGACAGACCCAAAAUUGCAAUUUUUUUAUUUAGCCAUCGUUACAUUUGAAGCCAACUAUUUCGAUUUUAACACUGAAAUAAGAAUGACAGUAAUAAGCUUACUUUACAUUUUCUGAGUCACUCAUAACUUUUUGAAAAUGAACUUUAUUGUCAUUUCUCGUAAAUUACCACAAUAUCUUUUUUUUGUACUGAACUCAAAAUCAAAAUUAAUUUGUAAACAGUCUUAUAAAAUUCCUCACCUGAUUAAAAGGGAAAAAAUAGUUUUAAAAUUUUUGGCAAUAAUUUUGUGGCCUUAUCAGCAUCUCUCCAUAGCUUAGCCCCUCCUGUUGUCGCUUACUUUCCCAGUUACUAUCGAUCGUGUUGAAGUAAGCGAGCGAAACUCGCACUUUUUCGUUGGUUUAAGGCCGUUAUGAGGCUCUAUUUUGUACUGAAGACAGCUGGCAUUACUAGAAAGACUCAUGAAAACUCGCUGUCGAAAUUAUGGGAGAAGGAAGGGGAUGACUGCCGAUGGGCUGCCUCCAUCCAUUAAAGAUAAUGCAGUGAAAGACAUCGAGAAAGGUGUAGAUUUGAUAGAAGAGGUUUCUGGCAAAGAUUCGCAGAUUUUGCACGAAACACGGUCGCAGAAACAGGCUUCAAAGAAACGACUUCACGAAGACCAUGCGGAAACAUUAACAAAGGACUCAAGUUUUGCUGUAGCAUCUGAAACCUCGAAUAAUUCAGUCGGUGUUGCGACAAGAAGUAGUACAAGACCUAGUAAAAGACCAAAAUUAACAAUUUGUGCAGCUAAUGGAGUUGUAAACCAAGGUAUGCUACUUCUUAUAAUAAUUUACGUUUUGCACAAACGACACAAGAACUGCAAACCAGACCGCCAUUUUGAGCUGUAUGCGAAAUCGGUUCCCAUCGAUUUUUAGGCUAUCACUGAAAGUUAUUUGCUUCUUAUGGUUUGCAGUUCCUUGUUUCAUUUUAUCAUCGUUUUCGUUUUGAACUGGUGUUAAAAACUGCAAAAAUUCAGUUAAAGUUGUAGGCUGAUACACACUUUUGUUUACUGAUUGUCGAUGUUGGUUUGGUACACGUAUCACUUUAAUCAGGCUAUAACUAAGACAGAUAUACUUUCAUUCGUUCUAAAUAACAUUCCUUUGAAAUUCUGGAUUUCCAGUGAAAAUUACAAUGAAAUAUUUUGCCUUACUAGCUAUCAUGAAGAUUGUAAAUAAAAUUUGACAAUAUUCAUACUAUUUAUUAUUUCUACGUGGUCAGUGUUUUUACUGGGAUCUAGAUAACGUACAAUAAUAGUAAUAGUAAUUGAACCGAGUGGAGUACAAUUCAGGGAGUAACUGGUUGAGUAGUUUCAAAAUCGGACAAGCACACAGUGCGAGGCCAAUUUGAAAUUAUGAGCAGGAUUACAGUCAAACCUCCCGUAAGCGACCACCCAAAAUGUCGAGCCUAGGUGGUCGCUUACAGGAGGUGAUUGCUUAUGAGAGCUUAAACCGUAAUGGAUCAAAAUUUUUCCUCAUUUUGUAGUUC